CGGAGGAAGGCCAGAACCCGUGCAGAACUCGCCCCAAGACCGUCCGGAUCCGGCAGGAGAACCGAGCGCCGGGGGAGAGAAGGAGGACCCCCCCCCCCCCCAGACUUGCAGUGAAGGCUUCGCUACACGUCUCAACAUGCUUCACUCCCACAAGAAAGCCCAGCAACUGUUGCUGCUGUGUCAAGGAGGCGACGGCACGACUAAAGAGGGGGAAUCCCUGCUUUGGAAUCCUCACAGGCAAAGUUUCCACGAACUCUGCAAGAUGUCGUGCGCGGCGGACAGCUGCAUACAGUUCACGCGCCACGCCAGCGACGUUCUGCUCAACCUGAACCGCCUGCGCAGUCGGGACAUUCUCACCGACGUCACCAUCCUGGUCAACCGGCAGCAGUUCCGCGCGCACAAGACGGUGCUCAUGGCUUGCAGUGGGCUGUUCUACACCAUCUUCACCGACUCGCACAAGUGCAACCUUAACGCCAUCAGUCUGGACCCUAAGGUGGACCCGGAAGGCUUCGCUAUCCUGCUAGAAUUCAUGUACACGUCCCGUCUGACACUCAAAGAGAGUCUGAUCGUGGCCAUCAUGAACACUGCCAUCUACCUGCAGAUGGACCAUGUGGUAGACACCUGUCAUAGAUUCAUCAAAUCCAGUGAUCCCACUGCAAAGCUUCCCAGAGAUGAGUUCUUGGUCAGUCCUCUAGUUUUGUCUCCGGACGUCCACGCGUACCGCCCUCAUGAAAUGGUUGAGACGUUGCACAGCCGCAUGGCUCCGUUCAGGGAUGCGCGACACUACGGCACUAACAUGCUCAACGGAGUCAGCACGCCCAGCAACUACAAUCUCUACGGGCAGUUCCCCAUGCCAGGAUUCCCUUUCCCUCUCUGUAAGCUGACUGAUGCAAAAAACCCAUUCGCUGACCUCUCACGGAGCGGGAUACACCACAAGCACCCUCUCGAUGGCGCCUCCAUCAGCAGGGCCGAGUACGCCAGAGCGGUCGGCUCCUCUGCGUCCUCCGGCAUCCUUCACGGUACUAACUUUGCUCCCAGGGAGGUGGGGCGAGACGAAGAGGUGAGGAAAGAAAGCCACGAGGGCAUUGGCCUUCCUGUCGGCCUCAGUGCAAGGAAGCGUGUCUUCCCCGUGUUGACCCUGGAGCACCACAAAGACAAAGACCACGCUCCGCCAUCUGAGGGGGAACUGGUGCAUCAUCACUACCCGCUGGGAAUCUCCUCUGCCGGACGCAAGAGCCUCAUGAGUAGCCCGCAAAGCCCACUUAAAUCGGACUGCCAGCCCAACUCCCCGACAGAGUCCAGUAGCAGCAAGAACGCCGGCCUCUUGCAGGCGGCCUCCGGCGCGCAGGUUCUGCCGGGUAAUCAGGACCCUAAAUCUCGCAACUGGAAAAAGUACAAGUUCAUCGUGCUGAACCAGAGUGCCAAAGAGGAAGAGGCCAGCCUGCGGGACCCCGGCUUGUGCUCGCCUCAGCGCCUCGGCCUGCAGUCGUACCUGCACCCCGGGGACUCUGAGAAUCUCGAGUCACUCGCCAUAAGAAAGAACGUUGCAGAUCAUCCUGUUCCGCAGACCAGCCGGCUGAACAACAUCAUCAGCAGUGCACUGGGUCACGCGGAGGGUCACCCGUCGCGCUACUUGAACCGACUCAACUGCUCGUCCUGCGGCUCUCAAUCGCCGCAACACUCGGAAGUCUGCCCGUCCAGGUCGCGACUCUCCGAAGACAUCGCCGAACUCCAUUCUGAAUACUCGGACUCCAGCUGCGAAAACGGCACUUUCUUCUGCAACGAAUGCGACUCCAAGUUCGCCGAAGAGGAAGCGCUGAAGCAGCACACGCUCCAAGUCCACAGCGACAAGCCGUACAAGUGCGACCGCUGCCAGGCCGCCUUCCGCUACAAGGGCAACCUCGCCAGCCACAAGACCGUCCACACCGGAGAGAAACCGUACCGCUGCAACAUAUGUGGUGCUCAGUUCAACAGACCGGCCAACCUCAAGACUCACACUCGCAUCCACUCAGGAGAAAAGCCAUACAAAUGUGAGACGUGCGGGGCUCGCUUCGUACAGGUUGCCCAUCUGCGCGCCCACGUCCUGAUCCACACGGGCGAGAAGCCAUACCCUUGUGAGAUCUGCGGUACGCGCUUCCGUCACCUGCAGACGCUGAAGAGCCACCUGCGCAUCCACACGGGCGAGAAGCCCUACCAUUGUGAGAAAUGCAACUUGCACUUCCGCCACAAGAGUCAGCUGCGACUGCACCUGCGGCAGAAGCACGGCGCCAUCACCAACACCAAGAUCCAGUACCGCGUGUCGACCGUCGACAUGCCCGCGGACCUGACCAAGGCCUGUUGAGCGGCCAUCUUAACCCCUGGCCUCACUUUGACUUGUACAAUCAUCCAAUCAAACGUUAGUGCCACACUGUGUUCGUUGGACUAAUCUAAUUGGCCGCGGUAUGCCAACGCGUGUAAAACAUUCGGAGAAAAAACGGGUUUCCACUACAUGUGAACGUAGAGCAGGCGUCUUAAGUCACUUUACGGUUUUCUGUCCAAAUAGCUCUAUAUCAGGGGUCUCAAACACAAUUUACCUGGGGGCCCACUGGAUGCAGAAACUGGGUGAGGCUGGGCCGGAAGAAAAUAUUUCAGAAAAAAAACCUAACAUGCACUUUUUAAUGAAUUCACCUUCUUUGAAUGGCUCACCCGAACUAGCAAAAUACUACCCAACUCUCGCGAUCUUUCCGGGAAAAACCCAAAUAUCAGUGCCCCUCCCGGGCAAUCAUUCUCCCGGAUAACAAUAUUAAGGGUGUCCUCUACAACAUGUCGUCUCGUCCACUUUUCCGCCAUUAAAACAGUGUGCCAGCCCAGUCACGUAUUGUAUGAGGCUUCUGCAGACCCACAGAAGUGACUGCAAGACAUAGUUGGUCAACAGCCAUACAGGUCACACUGAGGGUGGCCGCAUUAACAACUUCAUCACUGUUACAAAUAUGCGCCACACUGUGACCUCCACCAAACACAUUUUGGGAGAACAUCCACACCUUAACACAACAUAAACACAACAGAACAAAUACCCAGAAUCCAAUGCAGCCCUAACUCUUCCGGGCGACAAUAGGGGACGGGGUGCAUAUAGUAGCCCGGAAGAGUUAGGGCUGCAUGGGAUUCUGGGUAUUUGUUCUGUUGUGUUACGGUGCGGAUGUUCUCCCAAAAUGUGUUUUUCAUUCUUGUUUGGUGUGGGUUCACAGUGUGGUGAAUAUUUGUAACAGUGAUAAAGUUGUUUACACAGCCACCCUCAGUGUGACCUGUGUGGCUGUUGAUUAACUAUGUCUUGCAGUCGCUUAGUGAGUCUACAGAUGCCAAAUACACCAUGUGGCUGGGCUGGUACGCGGUUUGCACAGACUGUAGAGGACGCUAAAGGCAGUGCCUCCACGGUGCCCACUUAAUAUUGAUGAUUGGCUGAGUUUCGGGAGAAUAAUUACCCCUGGAGGGGCACUGAAAAUUGGGAGUGUCCCGGAAAACUUGAGGGUAUACAAGUAUGACGCUGUAAAGAGUCAUUCAUAUAAAACUUGCAGGCCGCACCAACAUUACAUUUUUAUAUUAAGGUGCGGGCCGCGUGUUUGAGACCCCUGUUCUAUAUAAAUAUGUAUCUACGUGUUUCUAAGCUUUGAAGGUACGCAUAUAAAGCUUUAUUUUGUCGAAGGGUGGAAUGUAAAAAAAAAAAAAAAAGUGAUUUUUAAGGGGAAAAAACAACAGUAUUUUAUAUCAGAGAACUUACUUUUCUGAGAAUAAUGACUGACGGGUGGUGCGUAUAUUUUAAAAACGUGUACAGAGUCCUCUACACAUUUUUAAGUGGCGUUGGAAUUGGCUUUUGUCCAAACAAAGUAAAAAAACAAAAACAAAAAAAAAACAUAUCAAAGCGCUGCUGUCUGACUGCUUAUGCAUGAGCUGCUCCUUGGGGGUGACUGUACUAUAAACAUUGUGACAUUAUCGUGUAUUUAUACAAACUUGUGGGAUCGUCCUCUGCUGGCGGAGACGAUCGUCGAUGUUGGAUUGCGAUUCGAAGUUUGUUAUGACUGAGAAAAUAUUUUGCUUUUAAUGUAUUUGUAAAGAUGUGUUUUUUCCCCCCCCCAAAGUUUACAGUUCUGGUCGUUGUUAUCCUUGCGUACAGUUGUGUAAUUGUCGGUUUGUACAUACACUGUGGAUUCUAUGUGCCUUUUCUUCAUGGCGACGGAGUUCCUCUUCAGCUCUGUUAAGGUACAAAACCACUCGUUAUCCCACUUUUUUUGUGUGUAUGAAUGUGUGUGUGUGUAUAUAUUUUUCAAUGCUUGUCACCAACCUGAAAAACAUGCAAAAUACUUCACUGUAAUUCUUCAGGACUUGUUUGGGGAUUUUCUAUCUGAAUUGAGACUAUUGUACAAUGUCCUUGAUGUAUGAAUGUAAAAUAAAAGUCACGAUUUAUAUGUAUGAACACAA